GUUCUAACAGAUUUCGCAUCAACGCAACGCUACAAGCGUCCCAAACUCCAAAUAUAAGGCAGCUGCAACAUCACUUGUAUCUAGCUUUUUUUGAUGAACUGCACUCCAUUGGUAGGAAUGCCUGGGCAGCGUUCCAUGCCUUUAUCCAUUUUGAGUCCGAAAUCUGCAAAAGCAUGUACUUGGAGAUCAGGUGCGCGAUUGGCCCUUGCGCAACCCACUCGACGCAUCGCACGCAGUGAGAGACUGCGCACAAGUGCUGCCAGCUCAGCUGGAGAAGAUCCUUACAAGGUGCUUGGCUUGAGCAGAAAUGCAAAUUCGGACGCAGUGAGAAGAGCAUACAAUACAUUGGUUAGAGAAAACCGAGGGAAUGAUGCUUCCUUGGCUAGAAUAGAGGAGGCCCACUCAGCCAUCAUGAUGUCGCAGCUCUCAGCAAGGCUGCAGGGCGGUGUCACGGUGGAGAAGGACGUCAAAUAUGCAGACAGAGCUGUAUACUUUCCUUGGCGGCCCAGGUUUUACAAGGCCGGCAAGGAGGUCGUCCUGUACUCUGGCAUUGCGCAUGCGGUGAUGGUGGCGUGGGGACUUCUGCUGCAGGCGUCAGCAGGCAGCCAGCCUAUUGUUGCAUGUGCAGUCAUCGGAGCAGGGGCAAACAUCUACAAGCUUCAGCAGAUCUUUCCUCCAGGCGGCUCCAGCAGCAAAAACUCAGCCUUGAAGAACCUGUUGCGAGGAGCAGCUCUUGCAACGCUGGCAACGUUCCUCGGGUGCUUCUUGAUCUUCACAGUGCCAGACUUCCUGUCAGCGCAGCUGAACCGGCAAAUGCCCUACUGGUUCUAUGAAAGCGAGGUAUCGGGGGUUGUGGUGGGAAAGGGGUUCAGAUUUGGCUACAAAGCUGCCGGGGACACUGAGGCGCUGGAAUCUUUGGGGGCCAAAUAUGGAUUGAAAGUGUCUGUAGUGGAUCUAGUAGAGCGCGGUGCGACGCAUGGCAGUGAGAAGGAAUUCCAAAAUCAGCCACCCAAGGACGGCAUCUACAUUGCGGAUAUCACCUUCAUUAAGAACACGUCUGAGAAGUCCUACUCAAGAUACUUGAGUCCGGACUGCCAUGUCCAGAAGAUUGAGGCUGUGCACAGGACCCCAAUCAUGUUCUAUCGGCCAAAGGAGCCCACGGGGGGAUCCUACUUGAAGUUUCUGUUCAGGCCUGGAACCAAUGUGAAGAAGGCUGCAGCGUCUAUCUUGUCCAUUGCCAGCAAGAAUUCGCUGCGGCCUCACAACCUUCUCUGGCAGGACAAGGCGCAAUUUGAGCAUGAAGUGGGGCUCCUUCAGCGAUUCCUUGUGGAUGCCCCAAUAUCAGGAGGUGCGUGGGUGCAUUUACCUCCUCAGAUAAGACCCGAGCCUGGCUACACCAGAGUGUCUGAUGGGGAACGGCAGUCUGAGUGUGACAUUGAAGUCACUGCGCCGUGGAAGCAGCUGCAGUGCCUGACGCCAGAUGCAACACAGCUGGCCUUGGGGCGGGAAUGGAGCCCAACACGUUACAAGGCACCUGGGGAGGACAAGGUUAGCGAGGAAUGGUGUGCAGCCUUGGAGGUGGCUCGCCAGGGUCAGAUUGCCAAGCUGAAUAUGCUCACACUGGACGUGAUCAUGGCACCAAAAGACGGAGUCGACAGGGUGCCGGUGCCCUCAAAGGAUCCCAUUAUGUGCAUCGCCAACAGCCUCUACAGCUCCGAUGACGUGGCGUCCCAGCGCUUUGCCCCGGCGCAAGAUAUGUCUGACGAUGGGGCCUUUGGAGAGGAUGGCAUGGAUGACGCUGAGGGGCCUGUAAUCGUGGAUCUGACAACCACCGAGGGCCACACCCCACAGGUGCCAGUUCCCAGUGCAAGGGAGGGUGGGGCGGCAGUAUUCACGUGGAGCCCUGGGGUGCGGGCGCACACAGUGCGACAGGUGUCGCCCAGGGGCGUGACGCGCAUGCAUGUGCACCCUUCCGAGGAAGCCAUGCUGCAGGCCUGGCUGCAGUGGCUGCGCAAGGCCGACCCAGACAUCCUCAAUGUGUUCCAGGUGCGUGACACAUUGGGGGCGCUGGCAGAGCGAUUCACAGCGCUGAAGCUGAACAGUGGCGGACUGCACCUGUCGCGCCUCAAGCGCAUGCACGGCAAGGCCCUGGCGCUCAAGCGCAUCGUCAUGUACUCUCCAGCCUGGGUGAAGAGCCAGAACCGCAUGGCCUCAACCUCCAACCAGGAGACUUUCAGGGUGGAGCAUAUGGAGGGGCGGGUUGUGCUGGAUGUGCUGCGGCAUGCGCUGACCGCCUGCAACCUGGCCAGCUUCAGCCUGGUGGACUGCUGCCAGAGCCUGCUCAGCCGCCGCAUGGAGGUCCUGCCACCUUCCGCCAUCACCCGCCUCUCAUCGCUCAGCAACCCCGCCAGAAGUAAGGGGGAGCAGGCGGCGGACCGGGCUCGGCUGGCUUCGUAUGCCGCUGACAGAGUGGGGGUGGUGCGGGCGCUGCUCCAGCGGCUGGCUACACUGCCGGAGGCAAUUGAGAUCGGGCGUGUCACUGGACUCACCCUCGGACAGGUGCUGUACAACGCUCAAAUGAUCCGCACUUGGAGCCUGCUGCUGCGAAAUGCCCAGCGCUCGGGCUACAUUGUGAGCGGGCGGCAGGAUGCACUGCCGCUCAGUGAGAGCCCGUACCUGAUGCAUCCAGUGGAAACAAAGAACGUCGGCUUGUACCAGAGCCCUGUGGCCAUCCUGGACUUUGCCUCGUUGUACCCUUCCCUGUACAGAGCCUACAACCUCUGCUACACGACUCUGCUGCAUCCAGAUGACUCCAAUGCCUUUGUGCCUGAGCACGUCACAGUCACCCCCACAGGCGACGUUUAUGUCAAGCCCGAGAUCCGGAAAGGAAUCCUGCCCUCAAUUCUUGCCGCGCUGAUCAAUGCUCGGGCCGCCACAAGAGCAGCACUGAAGGAGGCGACAAGUCCUGCGCAGAUGGCAGUGCUUGACAGCCGGCAGAAGGCCCUCAAGCUGACGGCCAACGCCCUGUACGGCUUCACAGGUGCUCAGGCCUCACCGCUACAAUGCGUGCCGCUGGCAGAUUCCUGCUUGGCCCUGGGUGCACAGUCCUGCCGCCGCGCGAUAGAGCUGCUGACUGAGGCGUUUCAGAAGGGUGUGUUUGGGAGCAAGGAUGCCAAGGUCAUUUAUGGCCAGACAGACUCCUUGUUCAUAAACUUUAGGAGCUCCACAACUGCGGAGGCCAUGCAGUUGGGGAGGGCAGCUGCAAAGUAUGUCAGCUCCAAUUUCCCAGAGCACAUGGAGCUGAAGUUUGAGAAAGUGGCACAGCCUUUCAUGCUGCUGCACGUCAACAGAUAUGCUGGAAGGGCGUUCGAGAGCGAGGAUGAGGUUCAAGAGGGGAAGGGAGUACUGAUGGUGAAAGGCCUCAAGUCCAUGUGGCGCCAGGCCCCACCCAUUGUUCGCAACACGCUGCAGGGCGUCCUCGCCAGAAUAAUCCUGCAGGAGGAUGUGAGGGGUGCAGUGGAGUAUGCGGAGGGGCAGAUCCGGCGGCUGCUGAGCGGCCAGGUGGAGCUGUGGGAGCUGCCCCUGACGGGCGGCCUGUGGCGGGUGACGGGUGCGCAGGUCGCUCAGGCCGCCGCCGCCGAGGGGGCCCCGGGGCCGGCCGCCGCCGCUGUGAGCGAGGAGGAAGUCAGAGGGCCCCACGCCUCCCUGGCAGUCAGGCUGCAGCAACGAGAUCCCGGCCGCACAUUUGUGCUGGGGGAGCGCCUGUCAUAUGUGCUGCUGCCGGGCGCGCGCACCCAGGACGAUGCAGCCGAGGACCCCCUCACCGCUGCCAAGGCCGGCUGCUCGGCCGACUACGAGCUGUACUGGCAGAACAAGCUGCGCAAGCCCCUCGCAGAGAUCCUCGCCACGUGCCUGUCCGCAUCUCAGAUCCAGGAAGUUCUCAAUGGCCCCCAUACACGGGUGCGAGUGGACACAGUGGCGGCUGCGCAAGUGUCACCCCCGGGAAAGAAGGCCAAGGGUGGCCGGCAGAUGGGCCUGGCCAGCUUCUACAGAGGCACUGUAAAAUGCCUAGCCUGCAGACGACCUGUGCACAGCACUGGCGGUAACUCGGAAGAUGGGCCGGCGCUUUGUGAGGACUGCGCAGUCGAGGAUGGGGUCAGGGAGGGAGUCCUGCUGGAGCUGCUGGGGGAGCAGCGCCGCUUGGAGCAGCGCAACUGCACCGCCAACUCCCUCUGCAUGAACUGCCACAGCGGCGGUCUCACCGGGAAAGUCUUGUGCGAGAAUGGGGAGUGCCCGGUGCUGUACGCGCGCCUCUCAACGGCCGCAAAGCUCAAUAGCCUCGAUCAUUCUUUCAGGCGCCUGGACUGGUGA